CUUUGAGUCGCAUCAUUUUUUCCCGACGUUGCCCGCAUGCCGCCGCUCCUCGUCCGGCACCCGGUACUUAUCUUCAUUAUCCCCGCCAUGCUCCUUGCCCUCCUCGGGCUCCCACCAACUGCUACGCUCGCCACCAGGUUCUACUCGUUCGACCUGAUGCGCGAGUACCCUCACGAUCCGGAGUCCUUCACAGAGGGCCUCUUGUAUGGAGGAAAUGACACUCUUUUCGAGUCCACUGGCCUUUUUGGCAAGUCAUCCGUGCGAAAGGUUGAUCUUCAGACAGGAAAGGUUUUAGUUCGGCACCAAAUGGACGAGAAAAUGUUUGGAGAAGGUCUAACACUUCUCGGCGAUAGAUUGUUUCAACUUACUUGGUUGACGAAUGUUGGAUUUACGUACGAUCGACACAACUUUAGUAAAGCCAUUGGUAGAAACUCAUCCCAAGCUUGGGAUGAAGACAACCGCAGAUUGUUCGUGACCGGAAAAUUAUGGCCAACGCUAUAUGAGAUUAAGCUACGUCACAUUGAGGGGCCACCAGAUGGGUCUAUAGAGCAGCUAUGUCCAGGGAUCAUAAUUCCGGGUUCCGGAAAUUUGCCCAAACAAGCCGGCUGGUCGGUUACCAGGUGAUCGCUGGCCAGUUACCGGAUUACAUGGUUUCGACGUGUCCAGUUGUACUGAUCUAGUGUGAGCUGCUAGUUAGUUUCAUUCCAGAACUAGGCAUG